AUGGGUAGCUUAGAAGAGGAAAGGCUGGUUCAAAUGGUACGUGACUUCAUAGAAUCAGAAUCAUCAACACCACCCAUAUUUCCUGCUUCCUCAAACCGUUUUCCAAUCAACCAAGCCAAGUAUUUCACUUUACAGGAGAUACUUGGGAGAGUAACAGAAGCUGAGACCGAAGUUCUUGAGACUCUACUGAAGCAUAUGAGAAGCAAAAAUGAUGCUGAGAAAACAACCAGUAUGAAGACGUGGCUUGUGAUGAGGCUGAAAAUGGAUGGUUUCAAUGCUUCCAUUUGUCAGACUUCUUGGGUCACUUCCUCAGGAUGCCCUGCUGGUGAUUAUGAGUACAUUGAAAUCGCAUUGAAAGAUGAGAACGGGGACAGAGUGAGGCUGAUAGUGGACCUGGACUUUAGAUCCCAAUUUGAACUGGCAAGACCAACACCAUUCUACAAAGAACUAACAGACACACUCCCAUUAUUUUUUGUUGGCAGUGAAGACAAACUCAACAAAGUAAUCUCUCUGCUCUGCUCAGCUGCCAAGCAGUCUUUUAAAGAGAGAGGGCUCCAUGUGCCCCCAUGGAGGACCAGCACAUACAUGCAGUCCAAAUGGCUAUCUAGGUGUUGCAAAGUCAGUAAUGCCAAUAACAUUGGUUACAGCAGCAGAGAAAAUAGGGAAGCUAAAAGUGGCUCACAUCAUGGGUGUAGCAGCAUGUGGGUACCUCCGAUGGUUGAGCCCAAGAGAAGGGGUUUGGCUGGUGGGUCUGGCUUGUCCAAUCAGCUCUCUAGGCUAGCAUGGGCAUAA